CUUCCUACAUGUUUUCCCAAUUCCUGGCCAAUAGAAAGCAUACUCGAGCCGUGUUGAAGCAGGCAACAAUCCUAUCCAAAAAACCAAUGGUAUCAAAGUUAGAACAUAAGCCCGGAAAGUAGAUAUAUGAAGUAGUGGUUUCCACAUUUGUUAGCAACGCGAGCAACAACAGACGAUAACAACAGAGCACAGAGGCCAGCUGAUCCGACCAGGUGCUGAUGGGAUUUAGGGAGGUUUUGGCGGGGUUUAAGGCUUCCUCCCGUCUCUACAGAGUUUAAAUUGAAUGGGAAGUGGAGUUACUGUACUGCCCGAACUUGUGUCCUCGCGACAUGAGUGAAUAAGGAGUAAUGUGGUGUUGUCGACCCGCGUUCCAGUUACAUCGAGGCGUGGGUCGGGAAGAAGUGAUGUCUUCUACGCUGGUCGAGACAGUGUCUAUUAACUAUGAGGACUUCAAUGAAUCAUUCCUCACGUGUGGCACGUGUCUUUCUCUGAUAUGGACAGGUUCCUUUGAUGGAGGUGAACAUACACCGAAGCUACUCCACUGCUCUCAUACUGUAUGUCUUCACUGCCUCACUCGCAUCGUCGCUUCCCACGCACGUGAUGACGGCACUUUCCGCUGUCCAAUAUGCCGGGAAUCUAUUCGCAUUCCUUCGGGUGGGGUGGCUGCCCUACCCCCCUCAUUCUUAGUGAAUCAGCUGCUGGAUCUCAUGUCCCGACAGCGGCGAGAAGUUGUGCCCAAAUGUUCCACCCAUGCUAAUCAGGAAUUGUUGUUUUGUGAAUCGUGUGAUCUGGUGUUCUGUACACAGUGUAGCAAUGGCUCUCAUCAGGGCAGUGCUGCUAGCUAUCAACACACAGUCAUUCCGCUUUCCAUUGCAAUUAAGAGAAUGUCAGAAAUCCUGUGCUACAAGGCAAAUGAGUGUUAUUCAAAGUUAAAUGAGGCGAGCGAUGCAGUGACGUCAGAAAUGCACCAGCUGGAUCAUGCAGUUGACUCGACCUUUGAAGAUGUCAACAGAGCAUUCCAAGCCAUUAUUGACACUAUUGAGCAACGUCGGGAAGCAGUCAUUAGCAAUGUUAAAAAAAUGCGUGAUGAGAAAAAGAAGGUUUUGCAGGACCAAUUGGACAUCAUUGAGGGAGAGAGACGGAAAGUUCAACAGGAGUGUGAAGGUCUUCAGUACCAAGUAGAAGUUCGGAACAUUACCAAGAAGAUUGCGCACCUAAAUACAAAAAUUGAUUCUUUAUCCACUCUAGUUGAGCCAAGAGAAAAUGCUUUCUUGAAAUUUGAAAGUCAGCACAAUGAAGCAUUUGAUCAGAUUCAGGCAACUAUUGAGGAUUAUGGGCGAGUGGUUACGAGCAAAACCUUCCCAAGUCUCUCUUUUAUGAAAGCCAAGAAAGCCAUGACUCACUUAAGAAGCGAGGUUGUAGUUCAUACUGUUGAUUACGACGGGGAGAGUCAGUGCACAGGUGGGGACCCCGUUGAAGCAGAAGUCAAAUCGGAGGGCGGUGAUGUGGUCGAGAAUCAAAUUGAGGACAAUGAGGAUGGAUCUUACUCUGUGUUCUUUACUCCUGAGCAAGGUGGGACACACAGUAUUGCAGUGAAAAUAUUUGGAAGAUCCAUCAAGGAAAGCCCAUUGCACGUUGAAGUGAUCGAUGAACAUAAUCCAGAUAUUGUGUAUGGUACACGUGGCUCAGGAAAGGACCAGUUCUUACAACCUGUGGGAAUUUGUAUAGAUGACAAUGAGUUUAUGUAUGUGGCAGAUACUGGAAAUUCUCGCAUUAAGGUACUAAGCCCUCAGUUGAAAGAAGUGCAACAUAUAGUGGGAGAUGCAUUAGAAGGUAGAAGUGUUACGGGCAUUACUCGAACUCCCAGCAGUUCCCUCGUGUUUGUUAACUGGCGGAAGAAGACAAUAACAGAAGUGACGUCCUCUGGUCAACUCCUUUCUCAGUUCACUCACGAGCAGUUGAUUGAACCAACAACUCUUGCAGUUAACAGUGAUGGUGAAAUUCUUGUAGCAGACAAUGCAGUGAAUUCGGUUUUUGUUUUUCUUCCUGGUGGGAAAUUGGUCAGAAAAUGGGGAGUAAAAGGGAGCAAGCCAGGUCAGUUGGGAUCCAUUGCUGCAUUGUGCACCGGUCCUGAUAAUGAAGUAAUAGUCGCCGAUUCCAGGAUACAAGUUUUCUCUCCUGAAGGGCAGUACUCGCGCACUAUUUUUGAAACCAAAGGGAAAGGACCUAAAGGAACAUAUGGUGGGCUGUUUCUGGACCCUAAAGGCUUUUUGCUCGCCACCAGACAAGAACGGAACAACUCUCGGAUUCAGGUGUUUGAUUACACUCUUGGAACCCUCAUCUUCACCAUAGACUCCCGCGAAGCCAAACUGAAGCGGCCUUCAGGUUUAGCCACAACACGAGAUGGACAUGUUGUUAUUGUUGAUCUCGGUAACGACUGCGUCAAGAAAUUCAGGUACAUGUAGAUUUGAAGAAUUGAAGAUUGCCGCUUGAGAAGUUAUGAAGGAAACUUGCAACCAGAGGAGAGAUUUAUUUGAUAUUUUUGUUGAAAUAUGGUAAGUGUAUAUUAUGCUAUGCAUUAGAGUCGAUAAUGGCUUCACAAUCUCUUGAUAAUGCAAUUUUUAUACCAAUAUCCAAGGUAUUCCACUUUAUUCCAAGCUAGCAGGUGUUCAUAUAGGUUGGAUUUCAGCGCUUGCAGCUGUCUCUUAUUAUAUUGCUGAUGGUCUCAGAAUAACUAUGUACUGUAACUUUUCAAGAUACUUCAAUAUUAAAUUUGUUUUGUUAGAAAAAGUUUUAUGAUAGUUAUUAACUUUGCUACAAUGAUAAUGCUGUUGAUGUUGCAGGAUAUAAAUUUUUACCCAUGGGCUAAACUUGUUAAAUGACAGAAGCAAGCCUUAAGUAGUGUUUCAUGCCAACAAGAAGCAAGUCUUAAGGAGUGUUUCAUGCCAACAAGAAGCAAGUCUUAAGGAGUGUUUCAUGCCAACAAGAAGCAAGCCUUAAGUAGUGUUUCAUGCCAACAAGAAGCAAGUCUUAAGGAGUGUUUCAUGCCAACAAGAAAGCUUAUGUCCCUAAAAUACAAAACAGCUGUCUGGUUCUGAACAGCAAUUAUCAUUAUUGAUUGAUAAACUACAGCUCUCACAUUGUAUAGUUUGAUGAAGAUAGUAGCCACUGGGGAGUGACUGUGGUGGUAGUGAUGAAGAUAGUAGCCACUGGGGAGUGACUGUGGUGGUAGUGAUGAAGAUAGUAGACCACUGGGGAGUGACUGUGGUGGUAGUGAUGAAGAUAGUAGACCACUGGGGAGUGACUGUGGUGGUAGUGAUGAAGAUAGUAGACCACUGGGAGUAACUGUGGUGGUAGUGAUGAAGAUAGUAGGUCUGGGGAGUGACUGUGGUGGUAGUGAUGAAGAUAGUAGGUCUGGGGAGUGACUGGUGGUAGUGAUGAAGAUACUGUAGUAGAUCUGUGGGAGUAAGAAAGGAGUGUAGUAGACGGAUUAUGAUUGGAUUACCAGUGGGAGAAAUGAGAGCAGUACAAUUGUUGUACUAGGAAUGAUUUCAUUCCUAGUACAGUACAACAAUUGUUUCGUCGCCAAUUAAAGAAUAUAUAUAUAAAAACUGGAAUUAUCAAAGCACACAUCUCCAUGGUUUAUUAAGCUUUAGAUUCUCAUAAAACAAAAAGUAGGAAAGCUUGUCAGUUGUGAUUUUUCUCAAUUAAAUUAGUAGGUCUUAGCAUAAAAAUGAAUUGACAUUAGUCAUGGAAGCAUUUCUAACUGGUAACUUCAUGACAACUUAUUUGUAUAGCUCUCUUGCUUAAUGUUAAAAAUAUUUAUUAUUACAGUUCAGCACUGUGUAUACACUUAAUUUGUUAUAAUAGCAUUAUGAACACAGUUUCAAAAGUUAAGAUAACAUGAUUGUGUCUUCAAAACAACAACAGCUUUGAAUUGAGUCUUUGUUGAUGCCAGUAGAUACUUAAUAUAAUUUUAACACUCAUACAAUCUGUACUUAAGGGAAUUGGUUCACAAACCAUAUUUAAUGUAUUUACAAAGAGUUUUGGUGUGUAGCCGACACAAGCUUGGUAAGGUGGUCAUUCUGCCAUCCUGUUUCAGGCAUUCUCAAGUCUCUACUUGUUACGUCAGUGUGGAGAAUUGACACUUGAUCCCAGAUAGAUUUUCAAAAUAGGCAAAUUUGAGUUCCGUAUUUACCAAGUGGUUGUAUUUUGAGUUUAAUGUUCAGUAUAUUGGAAAGGGAUCGAAUAAAUCUUGUUUAACUACAUUUUGUAUUUGAAAGAAGAUUCAAUACUAUAUCAAUUUUCAUUUAAUGAAAGAAUAAUGGAAUAGAGAUCAAGUAAAUAUUUUAUUUGAAAGGACUGUUUAUUAAUACAGAUUCAUUAAAUAUUCUUUAUUAUUUUACAUUUAAAAAUGUUCUGGGAAAUACAGAUUAAUUUAAUUA